UCCACUGCCAAGGAAACUAGCUGAGCCUCUCUUGUGCAAACACACCCUCAGACACACAUACACAUUACCAAACACACUCACCAAGCAGGAAGACUGUACCUGUUUAGUACGUGUUGGCUGGGAACUGCCAGUCAGAGUUAUCUGUGAAGAAGAGAAGAACUGAAUGGUACCAGCAUCAGGACCAUUGGCACCACAGUGAAGAAGACGUACUGGAUUACUUACUCAAACAGAAAAGGAUUUCCCAUUGUACAAAAAAAAGAAGCAUGGCUGUCCACCUGCCACCUGUCUGAGUAUGGAUUACAAGACCUGGGAUGAUGCUUUCUAACUGAGUCCUACAAACCUGUAUCUGCCAACAAUGUUCAGCACAAGAAAAAACAGUCUGCCCUCCCCGAGCCUGGAGGACUCCUUUUUCCCUCUGUCCUCAUCUUCCUCAGUAUCGCUCUCCUUUGCUCUCCCUUCAUCUACCUCCUCUCCUGGUUGCAUGGACAACGCAGGAGGGAUAGAGACGGAUCUGAUUCUGGCUGCAGAGCUGGGACAGGCGUUGCUGGAGAAGAAUGAAGAGCUGGCAGCCUCUCUGGAUCAGAGCGAGAGGGAGAUGGAGGCUUUACAGCAGGAGAAACACGUUCUUCAGAGGAGGCUGGAGAUGAACGAACUGUCGUCGGGUCAGAGAGAGGCAGAGCUGACUGCGGACUUGGCCGCCUUGAGUGCUGAGUUGGAGCGACAUCACAGCCAGGGCAGAGACCGGAGAAGAGAUGAGAGCGAGCAACUGACUCAGUUAGCCAGUCACAACCAGCGGCUGGUGGAGCAGCUGGCAGAGGCCGUAACUCUGGAACACUCCUUGAGGACUGAGCUCCGUUCCCUGAGGGAAGAGAUGGAAGAAUCAUCUUUUAGCCGCAACAUCAGCUUCACACAGAUACAGAAUAUUCAAGCAGAGAACAGAGUUUUGCUGGAGCGACUGUCGUACAUGGAGGCACAACUCAAAGCUGCACAGGAGGACAGCGAUAGACUCCGAAUGGAGAGAGAGGGACAGAGAGAGAGACUGUCUGAGCUCCAGGUGUUUCUGAAGGAGAAAGAAGCAGAGAUAGAGCAGGAGCAGGGAGUUGUGUUUGAGUUGCGUACCUUGAAUCGCUCUCUGCAGCAGAAAGCUCUGGGCCUGGGAGACGAAAGCAUCCUGGACAGUGCUUGCACACAACCUUUGUCUCUGCUUAGUGAAAUUCAGCAAUCACAGGCCAAAGACGCUCUCCUGGCUCAUUCUGUAGUCCUGCAAGCAAGAGAUGAAGAGAUACAAACACUGAAAGAGGAGCUACAGUCUCAGCGAGAAGAGCUGGAGACAUUGAGGGCAGAAAUCCAGCCAUUUAGAGACAGCCAUGAAAAGCCAAGCUACAGUUCUUUAGAGAGUGAGUUGGCCACAGUGCGCCAGGAGAAAGAAUCACUCACUCAGCAGCUUCUCAACACCAUCCAACACAAGGUGGUGUUGUCUCAGGAGCUGGAUGCCUGGCAGGAGGACAUGCGGAUGGUGAUCAAUCAGCAAGUGCAGCAGAGGGAGGAGAAGAUCGAGAAAGACUCUCGGCAAGAGAAAGAAAACACAGUAGGACUCCAAAGAAGCAAGUCUUUGAAAGUGAAGGGAGAAGGAGGGAAAAAGUUCUUCUCUUUUUUCAGAGACAAAUGACAGGGAGUCAUCCUAUGUCUUUGCCACUGUGAGCUAAUGUCGCCAGAAGUCAAAUGUUUACAGACCUUACAUAUGAAAAUUUGUACAUAUAAUAUAUGGAUGCACAGUAAUAAUAAUAUCAGUUUUUAGGAUUUUUAAAUUAAAAAGUUAAAGCCA